AAACAGUUUUAAAUGAUCGAGUAUCUGGUAACGAUUUUCUUUCAGCGCUCGAGGAUUUAUUAGUGAGUGCAAAUAAAUGUAAAAGUGAAGCUGACCAUAUAAAGGAAGAAUAUACCAUAAUUUAUAAAAACUUGAAUGAAAUAUCUGAUGUCUUGCAAGACUAUGAAAAUUAUCUUCAAAAUGAAGUAAUGAAGGGAGUUAAAGAUGCAGAAUAUUAUCUUGAUAAAAAAAUAGAUGCUAAAGUAGGAAAAUGGGCAAGUAUCAUUGCCGGUACUGGAUUUACUGCUUUGGCACCUUUUACUGCUGGUAUUUCCCUGUUAGGUACAGCUAUUAUGGCACAAAUUGCCAGUGAAAGUGCAAACAAAGAACAACGAUAUCGAGAAGCUAGAAUUAAAGCUCGCCAAUUAGUGUCAAAUUCGAAUAACGUUCGAGGUUUAGUUCAAGACAUUAUUACUCAAACGGAUUCUAUUAUUAAAAUACUAAAUGCCUUUCAAGUGUUUUGGGAUUCACGCGUUAAUGAAAUACAAAAUCUCAUUGAGGAAUUUGAAGAUAAAAGACAAGCUACUUUGAGUUACAAUUUAUUUAGUGCCAAUCAAGCUAUUAAAAAAUGGAAUAAA